AUGACCUUUAUUCAUGGUAUCCGUUUGUCGCAUUCUUCCCGGGACACCCUGUGUAUAUAUUAUUUAUUACCUUCUGUUAUUUCUUUUCUCUAUGAUAUCUAGUGGAAGUUGGCUAUAAAGUAGAGGUGCGAGAUAUAAUGUAUGUAAUGAAUGAUCUUUGUGGAACUGUUUUUUUCAUUUUCGACAUGUGAAGAUGAUUUCCUUUUAUUUCUAUAAUUCUUUGGAGGUAUCCCAAGAUUGUGUUGGUACUUUAAAAAAGGCACAUCAAUCCAUAGAGCUAUCUUACAGAGCAUACUCUUGAUAGUUCAUAUAACUUUUCUGUUGGGUAGGUGAGUGGCUUUCCGUAAAUGUUUUUUAUUAUCCACUUUUGUAAAAUUUCCACUUUUUUGUAGUAAAAGAAGUCGCUAUUCCACCCCAUACCAGUACACCAUAGCUUAUGAGUUUCAACUAACGCAUAAUACACUUUCAUCAUUUCAUCUAGUUCGCAUAUCUCAAGGAUUUAAUUUUGCUUAGUUACCUUACUAUUGUUUACUACUAAUUUUGAUUGUUUUUGCAAUUUUAAAUGUGAGCCUACCAUUUUUUGAGUAUUUCGUACUUGAAAAGAUAAAUUAUUACCAUUUUUCACUUUUUAAGCUGGAGAACAAGAGAACGAAGAAGAUGUAAAUGAAUUUCAGAUAAUAUGAUAAUUUUAAAAGAAAGUUUUCGUGGUGGAGAAAAACCUGUGAUAGUGAAAAAGGAAGAAGAGAAAAGUUAAUCGUUUUCGAUGUUGGGGAUCGAAUCAGCUUCUAUUGUUGGAUUUGAUUUAAAAAAAGAAUAUAAUCGUGAAUAAAACGACAAAUAAAUUCACUAAUGGCGAAAAGAUGGCGCACCCUACCCUUAAAUCACGGAUACUGCAGGGUCCAUAACACAGAGCACUAAUUAUAUCUUAAAAUAGAAUAUAGAAUAGAAUGUAUCUUAGAAUAUUCCACAGUAUAGUGAUAUAUCCGUAGCAUAGAUAAGUCACAGAUUUACUAAUUUUCAGUUAUUUUCUAUACUUCGUUAAUCUAUGGUUAUUCUAUAUUUCUAUGGAAUAUUCAAUGUAAUGUAUUUUAAAAAUCAAUAGAGAAGGAAUGAACAAUAAUCCAAACAUUUCUAGAAUUAAUUGAAUAAUUAAACUUAUUUUCAUGUACGUAUCACGAAAAUGAAGAAACAAAAUGUGCGAACAUUGUCGCUGGUAGUUUGUACAUUUACUUAUUUAUUAAUUGGUGCAGCUGUUUUUGAUGCAUUAGAGUCGAAAGAAGAAAGUAAAAGGGAUGAAUUACUUAAAGUUUCCUCUAACUCCCUUAGAAAGAAAUAUAAUAUUUCUGAAGAGGAUUAUAGAAUGAUAGAAUUGGUGAUAACAGAAUAUAAACCACAUAAAGCUGGUCCACAAUGGAAGUUUGCAGGUGCCUUCUAUUUUGCAACCGUUGUUUUGGCUAUGAUAGGAUAUGGACAUUCAACCCCAGUAACUGCUGGAGGAAAAGCUUUUUGUAUGGGAUAUGCAAUGGUUGGCAUUCCUUUGGGAUUGGUCAUGUUUCAAAGUAUAGGAGAACGACUCAAUAAAUUUGCUUCAAUUGUUAUUCGCCAAAUAAAAAAGUAUCUGAAUUGUGUUAAAAUAGAAGCAACAGAAAUGAAUCUAAUGUUUGCAACUGGAAUGCUUUCGUCGAUAAUAAUCACUACGGGUGCUGCAGUCUUCUCCCGAUAUGAAGGAUGGACAUAUUUUGAUAGUUUCUAUUAUUGCUUUGUCACUUUAACUACAAUAGGAUUUGGAGAUUAUGUAGCUCUUCAGAAUGACAAUGCCUUGAAGGACAAACCAGGAUAUGUUGCAUUGAGCUUGGUAUUCAUACUAUUCGGCUUAGCAGUUGUUGCUGCUAGUAUAAAUUUGCUUGUUCUACGUUUUAUGACUAUGAAUGCUGAGGAUAUUCGCAGGGAUGAACAAGAUCUCCAAUCCUCAUCUCAUCAUGUUCUCACGCUUGAUGGGGAGGUCAUGGCUGUGAAUGGAAAACUCUUAGCAGGACAUGCUUACAUGGAAGAAUCUGAAAUUGAUCAAAUAUCGGUUUGUUCAUGUAAUUGUUUGGGCUUGAAUCAUGGGGACAAUAGAGAAUUAUUAUUGAAUACUAGCUAUCAUCCUUCUCAUACUGUUUUAAUGACAAAUUUCAAUGUGAAAAGAGCGUCUGUAUGACAACUCUGAAUGGUUAUCAUCUUCCUCAAAAAAAAAGGUUGAAAUGAUGAAACAAAGUAACUUCCACUUGCGAGAUCUUGGGUCUGCAGACAUUUUCUCUUCGAUUGUUUAUAAUGAUAUAUGUAGGAUAUUGUAUUUGUAAAUUAUUACAAUUCCGACAAUCUUCUAUAUUCUGAAUAGACCAGUAGCCGUCUGUCAUUAUAUUCCGUUCAAUUCAUCAGAAAUUAUAUAUGAACUGAAUUGUGAUUAAUUGUAAAAGUUCGCAGUGUCUCAAAUCAUUAUUUGGUUGUUAAACGGCGCCAGACAGAUAGCGAGAAUUCGAACUAUUCUGAAAAGCGCCACCUUACAGAAAGAACUCUGGUAACCAAAGCAACAGGUGGACUAUCUCAAAAAUUCUGAAACAAAAUCGAAUCAGUGCACACACCAGGGUUUCUAUGCAUCUUAGUCCAUAAUAAUUAUAUAACGAGCGUUCAAAUAAAUUAUGAUCAAGAGU